CUAUCACAAUCAUUCUCUGCUCUUUUUCCACUUCUCUUGUCCAAUCAUCGUUGUCUCUCUCACUCUGUUUCUCGAGAAACAAACAGAAAAAGAUUAUAAAAAGGAAUCUAUUUUUUGGGUUUGGGUAGAGUCGUGUGUUUUUGAAGUUACUGGUAUUGAGCGAAGGGUGUGAAAGUACUAAAUUUGGGUUCUGCGCGUCUCUGCUACUCCGUGAUCGUGGAGAGGAGGUACGUAAUGCAAUGAAGCAGUCGUUAAAUAGUUCGUUAAACGGUCGUUCUAUGGGUCCACCAGUUAAUAUACCUAAAGAGUCAGGUAGUGGGGAAAUUGGAUUCGAUGGACACCAUACCUCAAGCGAUGCAACCCUAUUUUCUAGUUCAUUACCUGUGCUUCCUCACGAAAAGGUGACCUUAAAUGUUACCAAAAGUGUGCACCAGUCUGUGGAUGAUGUUUCAUGCGACUUAAAUAAGCACCAACAAGGGGUUGACAUUAACGAUUCUCUUGAAGAUGUUGAAGCUCAUGCAAUUGGAAGCUUGCUUCCUGAUGACGAGGAUGAACUUUUAGCCGGCAUCAUGGAUGAUCUAGACCUCUAUGGAUUGCCGACUUCACUAGAGGAGUUGGAGGAUUAUGAUCUUUUCGGUGGUGGAGGUAUGGAACUUGAAACUGAUCUACAGGAUAGCUUAAGCUUGGGGAUGUCAAAGGUAAACUUAUCUGAUGGUGUUGUUGGUAACGGAAUGCCUCAUUAUGGCUUUUUAAAUGGUGUGGGAUCUGUUGCUGGUGAACAUCCAUAUGGGGAGCAUCCCUCAAGGACAUUAUUUGUUCGGAAUAUUAAUAGUAAUGUUGAGGACUCAGAGUUGAGAGCUCUCUUUGAGCAAUAUGGAGACAUUCGGACUCUCUACACUGCUUGUAAACAUAGAGGGUUUGUCAUGAUUUCUUAUUAUGAUAUUCGUGCUGCUCGAACGGCCAUGCGUGCAUUACAACACAGGGUGUUACGACGGAAGAAACUUGAUAUUCACUUUUCAAUACCAAAGGAUAAUCCAUCUGAUAAGGACAUUAAUCAAGGGACUCUGGUUGUUUUUAAUCUAGAUCCAUCUGUUUCCAAUGAAGACCUCCUCCAAAUAUUUGGGGCAUAUGGAGAGGUCAAAGAGAUAAGGGAAACACCAAACAAGAGGCACCAUAAAUUUAUUGAAUUUUAUGAUGUAAGAGCUGCAGAAGCAGCUCUUAAGUCAUUAAAUAGGAGUGACAUUGCUGGCAAACGUAUAAAGCUUGAGCCCAGUCGUCCAGGUGGAUCUCGUCGAAACUUGAUGCUGCAACUCAAUCAGGAUCUUGAGCAAGAUGAACCUCGAAGUUUCAGGCAUCAAGUAGGUUCACCAGUAACUAACUCUCCACCUGGUAACUGGUCCCAGUUCAACAGCCCUAUCGAACAUGGUCUGCUGCAGACUAUCAGCAAAUCCCCUGUUUUCAGUACCAUGAGUCCGACAACGAGCAACCAUUUGCCUGGAUUGGCCUCUAUUCUUCAUUCUCAAUUGUCAAGCUCUGCAAAAGUUGCCUCCCUUGGCAACGACCUAGGAAGGGGAAGUCGUAUGGAGCAUACAUUUACUAAUCCGAAUUCAGUUCAUGGAGUGGCCUUUCACCAUUCACAUUCCUUGCCUGAUCCAAAAGUAAGCCAAUUCCUUGGAACUAUGUCCUCUCUCGGUCCUUCAAGUGGGUCUGGUAUGGAGACGAUGUCCGGGCCACAGUUUCUAUGGGGAAGUCCGAAUACUUACUCAGAGCAUACCAAUUCUUCAGCCCGAACUGUACCAUCCAUGGGGCAUCCCUAUUCAUCCAAUGAUAAGGGCCAUGGUUACGUGCCUUCUGGUCAGAAUGGCUCAUUCCUUCCCUCAUCUCAACAACAUCACCACCACCAUCAUCAUGUUGGAUCUGCUCCAUCCGGUGUUCCUUUGGAGAGGCACUCUGGGUUUUUCCCCAAAUCACCGGAAACUUCAUUCAUGGGUCCUGCUGCGUUUGGAGGCAUGAGUUUGGGCCAAGGUGAUGGAAGUUUCAUGAUGAAUAUGGGUGUAUGUCCUCCCAUGAAUACUGGAAUUUCUGUGUCAAGAAACAUGUCUGAAAAUGCUUCAAGCCUGAGAAUGAUGUCCUCACCAAGGCUUAGUCCUGUAUUCUUAGGCAAUGGUCUAUACCCAGGAGUGGCACCAAUCGGCAUGGAGGGGUUUACUGAGCAUGGUAGAAGCAAACGGGUUGAGAGUAAUGGGAACGGAGUGGAUAACAAGAAACAGUUUCAGCUACAAUUGGACAAGAUUAUCAGCGGGGAAGAUAAUCGGACUACCCUUAUGAUUAAAAAUAUUCCAAAUAAAUACACGUCAAAGAUGUUGCUAGCUGCAAUUGAUGAAAAGCAUAGGGGCACUUAUGAUUUUCUCUAUCUACCGAUUGAUUUUAAGAAUAAAUGCAAUGUGGGUUAUGCAUUUAUCAAUAUGCUAUCUCCAAAACACAUUAUUUCAUUCUACGAGGUAUUUAAUGGAAAGAAGUGGGAAAAGUUUAAUAGUGAGAAAGUCGCUUCCUUGGCAUAUGCUCGAAUCCAGGGAAAGGCAGCUCUUGUCUCGCACUUCCAGAAUUCAAGCUUGAUGAAUGAAGAUAAGUGCUGCCGCCCAAUUCUCUUUCACUCAGGGGGCCCUGAAGCUGGUGACCAGGAACUUUUGCCCUCCAACAAUAUCAAUAUUCAGGUCCAUCAGCAGGAGUUGUCUUUUUUUGGGGAUUUUCCAGAGAGCCCCUCAAAGGAUGGCUCUGGUGAGAAGAGUUGAUAUAAGCUUGUGAGAAGAACGCCCUAAGCCUGAAUUGUUGGCUGUCAGGCGAUAACAUUCUAGCUUCUAAAAUUAGGAAGAAUAUAUUCUGGGAAAACUCCUUGGAGUUCUGUAUAGUAUCUGGUAAGAAAGUUUUUGAAGUAUUGCAAGAGAGAGGGAGAAGGACGCAAAGCGUAUUGGCAGCGCUGAGGCUAUCCUUUGUCGAACUCUGGUCCACAGUUUGUGCAUAAUUUCUCUUUUCCCUCGCCAUUUUGAAGUAUCCGAGGGAGGGGAGGGCACAAAGUUUAUUUAUUGUGAUGCAGAGGCUCUAUUUUGGGUUUCAUUUUGUUCCAGAUGUAGACUUGGUUUAACUCAAGUCUGCAAUGAUUUUCGUUUCGGGUUGAUAUUUGAACAGUGAUUUAAUUUGGGGAGGAUUACAAAAUUGUAUAGCGGGGAGUCGGAGUUCUUUUUUAAUAAAUACAUUAUUUUCCUUAAAAUAAAUUUUCAUUGUGUAAA